UUAGCGUGAAGUCAGUUCCCCCUCCCUUUCCCUCUGUACUACAGCAGUGUUCAUAUUCAGCCCAUGUACGUGUGUGUGGCUGCCUCUCUCAACCAGUCCUCCCUGACAUUCCACAGCAGAUGAGGGAUUGAAUGUUUGGAUACAGAAAAUUUUAGGAAUAUCCUUUGGAUCUGAGCACUUUCUACAACAUUUUUCAGCAUCUCUUCUCCUCUUCGUCUUAGGAUCAAACAUUCAAUACUUUUUGUUUCAGCCACUGAAACUUCUGUUGGGAAACAGCAUCAUCAAAAAGACUCUAGCUAUACUGAAACAUCCAAACUGUUUUCCUUUUGGGAUUUUGGAGUUUAUCAGUUACUAAUCAAGCCUUGAAAGGGGGCACUAGAAUAUUAAACAAAAGGGGCUUUCACGAUUAAUUGUCUGUAACGUUUAAGGAAGGGAGGAAAAGGAGGACACAUGAAACUUGGGCUUCAACUCAAAGGCUGCAAAAGCCCUGUCACCUCCACUAUGGACGCUCUCCUACAUCGCAGUGCAAACAGUCUACAAGUCCCAGGUGAGGAUAGAUCAGCCUCCACAUCUCCAUCUGGUUCUCCCUCUCCUUCCAGAAAUGAGUGCAGUAUCACACCUCUCACUCCCUCCCCCUCUCUGAGGACUGAGGUGAGACCUUGUGUGGCUUGUCCAUUCUCUGUGGUGGUUGCUAUAGAUUUUGGGACUACCUCCAGUGGCUACGCCUUCAGUUUCACAGAAGAUCCUGAAACCAUUCACAUGAUGAGACGAUGGGAGGGGGGAGAUCCUGGCGUAGCCAAUCAAAAGAGUCCAACCUGUCUGCUGUUGACUCCUGACCUGCGGUUCCACAGUUUUGGCUUUGCAGCUCGAGACAGCUACCAUGACCUUGACCCCGAUGAAGCCAGACAUUGGCUUUACUUUGACAAAUUCAAAAUGAAAAUCCACAGCACCAGUGAUCUCACAAUGGAGACAGAGCUGGAGUCUGUGAAUAGGAGAAGGGUUCGGGCCAUUGAGGUGUUUGCUCAUGCCUUGAGGUUCUUCAGAGAACAUGCUUUAAAGGAGGUGAAGGACCAGUCCUCCUCAGUGCUGGAAGGUAAUGAAGUCCGAUGGGUCAUCACUGUUCCUGCAGUGUGGAGGCAGCCGGCCAAGCAGUUCAUGCGAGAAGCUGCAUAUUUGGCAGGUCUAGUCACUUCAGAGAGUCCUGAACAGCUCCUCAUAGCUCUUGAACCAGAGGCGGCCUCCAUCUACUGCAGGAAGCUUCGUUUACACCAGGUCAUUGAUCUCAGCCAAAAACCAAUGACCAAUGGCCUAGAUGUGGACGGGUCCCGUCCCUUCGAUUCCAGUUUCAGGCAAGCCCGUGAGCAGCUCCGCAGAGCCAGGCAUAGCAGAACCUUUCUGGUGGAAAGUGGUACUGGAGAACUGUGGUCAGAGAUGCAGACAGGUGAUCGGUACAUCGUGGCAGACUGUGGUGGCGGGACUGUGGAUCUGACUGUGCAUCAGAUUGAGCAGCCUCAGGGCACUCUAAAGGAGCUUUACAAAGCCUCAGGGGGUCCAUAUGGAGCAGUUGGCGUGGACCUUGCAUUUGAGGCUAUGUUAUGCCAGAUCUUUGGAGCAGACUUCAUCGAGACUUUUAAAGCAAAACGUCCAGCAGCUUGGGUGGACCUAACCAUUGCAUUUGAAGCCCGCAAACGCACGGUGGCUCCUGGCCGGGCCAACUCCUUAAACAUCUCACUGCCCUUCUCCUUCAUUGACUUCUACAAGCGACACCGAGGGCAGAGUGUGGAAACUGCCUUGCGCAAGAGCAACAUGAACUUUAUAAAAUGGUCAUCUCAAGGAAUGCUGAGACUCUCAGCAGAGGCAAUGAAUGAACUCUUUCAGCCCACCAUCAACAAUAUCAUCAAACAUAUUGAGAAACUGAUGCAGAAGGAAGAAAUAAAAGGUGUGCGUUUCCUCUUCCUGGUCGGUGGAUUCGCAGAGUCGCCCAUGCUCCAGCGAGCUGCCCAGAAUGCGCUAGGGCGGAACUGCCGCAUCAUAAUUCCACACGACGUAGGUCUUACCAUCCUGAAGGGUGCAGUCUUGUUCGGUCUUGACCCCACUGUAGUCCGUGUACGCCGUUGUCCGUUAACCUAUGGCGUUGGGGUUUUGAACCGAUUUGUGGAAGGCCGGCACCCUCGUGAUAAGCUGCUCAUUAAAGAUGGGCGAGAGUGGUGCACUGACAUCCUUGACCGCUUUGUAAGCGUUGAUCAGUCGGUGGCUUUGGGUGAGGUGGUGAGGAGGAGCUACACUCCAGCAAGAGUGGGACAAAGGAAGAUUAUCAUCAACAUCUACUGCAGCGAUUCAGAUGACAUUACCUACAUUACCGACUCUGGCGUAAGGAAGUGUGGUGCCAUUACCUUAGACCUGCUAGAGUCAGGGGAAGUAGCAGAUAGUGCUGGUGAUAAUGGUAAAGGCUCGGCAUUUGAACGCAGGGAGAUUCGCACUGCCAUGCAGUUUGGAGACACUGAGAUCAAAGUAACAGCUGUUGAUGUAGCGACUGGCCGACUAGUGCAGGCGUCAGUUGACUUCCUGUCCAAUUGAACCUGCGGUUUCUGGAGAGAACUGAAAUGUGUUGAGAUAUUUAAUGCCAACCAAUCUAGUCAAUGGAUAGCUUAAUGGUAGCUUUAAGUUAAGCAUCUGGAUUAAUAACCCAAGGAUUGCAAUUAUUAAAACUGGAGGACUGAUUCAUAAGCUGGAAAAUAACUGGGAUUCCCUAUCAUUAUUGUGCUAGGCACCAGCUUGCUCCAUGAGGCCUGUCUCUGUAUUUAGUGUACUGUAGGUUGCAAUGGAUAAGAGUCUAAAUUACUAGAUACAAAAAUCCCAAUUGUGACAUCCAUACAUGUGCAUAUUAUAGGUAGUAAACCCUGAAGAAAUAUUCAAAGUUCUUUUCAGACAAACAUCUCUGCUGUAUCUAUGGCAUGCUGUCAACUACCAUAGACAUUCAAUUAAUUUUGAUUCAUCCCUCAGUGUGAAAGAAUGGGAAAUGUGUUUACAUGCACUUGUAAUGGAAGUUUAGCAGUCAGGCAAACACCACAAAUUAAAUAUAUAAAAAAAUAUGCUAUAAUUUUAAAUAUGUUAUUAAAAUUAAAAAGCAUAACUGAACACUUACAGUAAAAAAAUAAAAAAAAAAAAAUACAUGUGUUUGCAAUGGUGUCACUGAACCGCUUACUAAUUUUGCAAAGCUAUAUCUAAUCUUUCACCUCAUGCCAUGAUUUCCCUAGGUCAGGGUCGGCAGCCUAUGGCACGCGUGCCAAUGGGGUAAUCACUGUGCAAGCCAUUCGUGCAUCACGAGCCAGCAGAGCUUCACUUUCUGUUAAUCGCACAAGUAAACGCGCCUGCUUUGCUUCGGUCAGGCUGCGCGGAUGACAGCCAACAUUCCGUGUUUCAUUUGUUUCUUUUUGCUUUCAGAACAACACGCAAUGUAAUGAGGAAAACACCACUAUUAAUCCGUGAGAUUUCCAACCCAGAAUACAGGUACAUCCUCCUUAAACCAUAGUCACAUACAAAAUUACAUUAAAUGAUUAAAAGAGUAAACAUUAACCCACAUUAUGGGGUUCAAAAAUCUGAGUCUAUUCAAAAUAAAAAAAUAAUAAUAAAGUUUUAGGAUUUUGCAGGUGCGAUUCACCGAAAAGGGCUGAAUAGCUGAUCGACUUGUGAUGCACGAAUGGCUUGCAUGUGCAGCGCAAGUCUCGUCACACUUUAAUAUUGUUUAGCCUCCCAGCUGUUGAAAACAUGCUGCAUGAUCAUGAGGAAGGGUUACACCAGCCAUUGACCAGGAAAAUAAAAAAUGGCACUCCAUGUCAAAAAGGUUGCUGACCCUGCCUUAGGUAUUACC